AUGGAAACUCUGCACGCAGUCGCCGUUCGCAACGGCCAAGAGGGAGGUGCGGACCUUACACACUCCAGCGCUGUAUCAGAACAGAACAAUACCGGUCUGCCCAAGGUCAUCCAAGCGAUCCCCGGGAAAUGUGACAAACAGAUGCCCGCUACAGCCACUGGCCCGUUUUCGGUCCAGAUCGUGUCGUCAGACCGUUUUGCUGCCACGGACGGCACUGGAGCAAGCGGGAGCAUCGCCGCAGAGAAUAGGCAGAUGAUCCAAAGUCUCCUCGAAGAAAGCAGCAUUGAGCUAUUCUCCACGUGUACGUUAGACACUGGGCCCACGGCACGAAAGCCAAACAGCGUCGCCUCGCAGUUGUUUCGGCCCUGCGCGCUAGACAUCACCAUUUAUGGGCCUGAAGAUAUCUUCGAAGAUAUUGGCGCUUGGUUACAAGAAUACGGCCUGUACCUUCAGGAUGUUCGUCAAGUCCACCUUGACACCAAGUACUGCAACCCUCACAAGCUCUCGGUCGAUGACAUUGAUUCCUGCCCCAUGGUAUCCGACGUCGUCCGACAGUCUUCAAGCUCGCUUUUGCUUGAGCAUGUCCCUGAUCGACCAGACCUGCUCGAUCUCCUAAGUAACGGCAAUGAACUCGAGGAGACGCAGCAGCCUGCUGCGAUUCGUACAGCGUUGAAGAAGCACCAGAAACAAGGUCUGACAUUCAUGCUCCGUCGCGAACGAGGGUGGGCUUUCGUAGAGAACCAAGCCGAUGUGUGGGAGUAUCUGGAUGUUGGCCAUGGAGAGUACUUCCUGAAUAGAGUUUCCGGGGCUCACCAAAUCGAAGAGCCGCCACCAUUCUACGGAGGCAUCGUUGCCGAUCCGAUGGGUCUUGGGAAAACGCUGACCAUGAUUUCUUUGGUGGCCACUGACCUAGACCGUAAUUCGUCCGAGGAUGUUACGCUGGACACUGACGAAGAAACCAAACCUCGUGUUUCAGCAACGCUCAUCAUCAUUCCACCCCCGCUAAUUGGAACCUGGGAGGACCAGCAUGUCGUGCCCGAUGGCAUGGAAUUUCGGCGUCAUCAUGGAAAGACGAGGCUUACCGACGUUGAAGAACUAGACGGUGUCAACGUAGUCUUAACAACAUACCAUACAGUGUCUGCGGAGUGGAAGCCCGACAACCAACCAGGUACCUCCAUCUUGUUUUCCGUACGAUGGCGGAGGAUCAUUUUGGAUGAAGCACACUUCAUCCGCAACGGUAACUCCAGGAUAGCCCGGGCAUCUUGCGAGCUGGAUUCGGUUUCCCGUUGGGCAGUGACGGGUACACCCGUUCAAAACCGACUCAGUGACCUAGCGGCGCAGCUGAAGUUCAUCCGGGUCUAUCCUUACGACGACCCGAAGCAGUUCGAGGCGGACAUAUCCCGGCUCUGGAAGUCUGGGGAAGAUGAGGAGGCUUCUAAGAGGCUGAAAUACCUCUCCGCCUGUAUCCUGUUACGACGACCCAAAGCAACCAUCAACCUCCCUACUCGUCGGGACAUGACAUGUGCGGUAGACUUCAGCCGUGAAGAGAGGGCGGCAUACGACGAGGUGAGAGAGCAGACAAUCACUAAGAUUGACGAGGCCCUGCACAAUAGCUCGGAGGCGUCUAGAGCGGGCGUGUAUGUGAACGUCCUGCAGCAGAUCGAGUCCCUGCGCCUGAUCUGCGAUCUCGGACUUCACUACCACACACGAGGUAAUCGUAUAGCACAGAGUUCUUCGGCAUCGGAGGAAUGGGCCGCCGCCGCGCAACAGGCUUUUAAUGUCCAGCGCGAGCUCAGCCCUAUCGUCUGCUUGCAAUGCUCUUCUCCGACAAGUCUGACCGAGUCCCUGCUGGGUGACAGGCACGACCCGUCCUCCUCGCGGCUGCAGCCUCAGUUCUUCCGGUGCUUGCGCUUUACCUGCGGAGACUGCGUGCGGAAGCUGCAGAGGGCGAGGCAGACUCUGGGUUGUGGGCAUAAACCUUCCUGUCUUGUGUCGCCCAUCUCUACCAGCCACAGUGUUCUAGAAGAGGUUCCCGCCGCGAUGACCGACGCGGCGUCGACGCCGCCUACGGCCCUGCCCUCGAAAGUCCAGGCACUAGUGACGGACAUUAAUGCGGUGCCAACCGACGUCAAAUGCGUGGUGUUCUCCACUUGGAGGCUCACCCUCGACGUGGUUGAGAAAGGUCUCGAGAGGGCCGGGAUACGGAGCAUCCGGUUUGACGGGAGUGUACCGCAAAAGGAACGGCAGUCGGUCGUCGACAAGUUCAAGGCGGAUCCCGGAAUUCGUGUCAUGCUGCUCACGCUCUCGUGCGGAGCCGUUGGCCUGACCCUCACCGUGGCCUCGCGCGCUUACUUGAUGGAGCCUCACUGGAACCCAACCCUGGAAGAACAGGCCCUCGCACGGAUCCAUCGAAUAGGGCAAACACGAGAAGUGACAACGGUUCGGCUUUACAUCCGGGACUCGUUUGAAGAGCAAGUAAUCGAGCUACAAAACGCCAAAAAGCACCUCGCUCGCGUGCUGCUCUCCCCUCAUGACGGCGGUCAAGGGGAUGACAGCCUCGGGGGCCUUCACAAACUAAGAGCGCUGCUCUGA